CGGGCGGAGGAGCGGGGGCGGCAGCGCCGAGAGCCCCUCUGAGCUCAUCCCCGCCCGGGCUGCGGCUCCGCGGCUGCUGCUGCUGCUGCCCGCGCCCCCGCGGCGCGUCGGACGGAGCGGAGCCCCCCGGCAUCGGGCGGAGGUGAGCGGGGCGAGGAGGAUGUGAGUGCGGAGAAGGCAGCGCCCCGGCCCCGCGCCCAGCCCGGCUGCCCGCAGCUACAUUCUUGGAAGUGACUGGGUUGUUUUGGCUGCAGCUCCUCAGAAAACCCAGCCUGAACUCGGUGCUUACAGCUUCAGCACAAAAGGCCAGCAGAGUCACAAAGGUUUCCUAAGCAAUGAGGAGCACCGUGUUGGGAAGGCACAGGGCAUGUUUUCCAGCCACUGUUGAGGAAAUGUGGUGGAUGUAAACUCACUCUGCUUGGGGGGAAAUUCUGGAUUUUAGAUAAUGGGCUGUGUGCAAUGUAAGGAUAAAGAAGCAACAAAACUGACUGAUGAGAGGGAUGGCAGUUUAACUCAGAGCUCAGGCUACCGCUAUGGGACAGACCCCACUCCGCAGCACUAUCCUAGCUUUGGUGUCACUUCAAUCCCCAACUACAACAACUUCCAUGCCACAGGAGGCCAAGGACUGACUGUGUUUGGUGGAGUCAAUUCCUCCUCCCACACAGGGACGCUGCGGACAAGAGGAGGAACUGGUGUAACUCUUUUUGUGGCGCUUUAUGACUAUGAAGCAAGAACAGAAGAUGACUUGAGUUUUCACAAAGGAGAAAAAUUUCAAAUACUGAACAGCUCGGAAGGAGACUGGUGGGAGGCCCGGUCCUUGACAACAGGAGAAACUGGUUACAUUCCCAGCAAUUAUGUGGCUCCAGUCGAUUCCAUCCAAGCAGAGGAGUGGUACUUUGGCAAACUGGGCCGAAAAGAUGCAGAGAGGCAGCUGUUGUCAUUUGGAAACCCCAGAGGUACCUUCCUGAUCCGGGAAAGUGAAACUACCAAAGGUGCCUAUUCCCUGUCUAUUCGAGACUGGGACGAUAUGAAAGGAGAUCAUGUCAAACAUUACAAGAUUCGUAAACUCGACAAUGGAGGAUAUUAUAUCACAACUCGGGCACAAUUUGAAACUCUUCAGCAGCUGGUUCAGCACUACUCAGAGAGAGCUGCAGGUCUUUGCUGCCGCUUAGUAGUGCCCUGUCAUAAAGGAAUGCCAAGGCUUACUGAUCUGUCUGUCAAAACCAAAGAUGUCUGGGAAAUUCCACGAGAAUCCCUACAGUUGAUCAAGAGACUGGGCAAUGGGCAGUUUGGGGAAGUAUGGAUGGGUACGUGGAAUGGAAAUACUAAAGUGGCUAUAAAGACCCUGAAGCCUGGCACUAUGUCUCCAGAAUCCUUCUUAGAGGAAGCCCAAAUCAUGAAGAAGCUAAAACAUGACAAACUGGUGCAACUUUAUGCUGUGGUAUCUGAAGAACCUAUCUAUAUUGUCACGGAGUACAUGAGCAAAGGGAGCUUGCUAGAUUUCUUGAAAGACGGAGAAGGAAGAGCUUUGAAGCUUCCCAAUUUGGUGGACAUGGCAGCCCAGGUGGCAGCCGGGAUGGCGUACAUCGAGAGGAUGAACUACAUCCACAGGGACCUGCGCUCCGCCAACAUCCUGGUGGGGAACGGCCUCAUAUGCAAGAUUGCUGACUUUGGCUUGGCAAGACUGAUUGAAGACAAUGAAUAUACAGCCAGACAAGGUGCAAAGUUUCCCAUUAAAUGGACUGCACCAGAAGCAGCUUUGUACGGAAGGUUCACGAUAAAGUCGGAUGUGUGGUCCUUUGGGAUCUUGCUGACAGAGCUGGUAACAAAAGGGAGAGUGCCAUAUCCAGGCAUGAAUAACCGUGAGGUCUUGGAGCAAGUAGAACGUGGCUACAGGAUGCCCUGUCCUCAGGACUGCCCCAUCUCCUUGCACGAGCUCAUGAUCCACUGCUGGAAAAAAGACCCAGAGGAGCGUCCAACUUUCGAGUACUUGCAGGGAUUCCUUGAAGACUACUUCACUGCAACAGAACCCCAGUACCAGCCCGGGGACAACCUGUAAACCCUGCUCUUCAGGCACUGUCAACAAUCACCAGGUUCCUCAGCCCUGCCCCACCUGUCCUUCACCUCCCAGCUCCAUGACCAGCUUCUCCAGAGGGCAGCAUCUUCCAGCACCGCCGUGCACGGGAGGGGCUGGAGCUGGGACCUUCAGCAGCCCCUGCCUACCACCACUUGUCCUAAAUAAUCUGAAUGUCCUGGAUGAAAAGGAGAAAAAAAAAACACUUUUUUUUUUCUUUUCUUUUUUCCUUAAUCAAAGACUCCAAAACUGCAUUGUCUUGAUGUUAUGUAAACUGCAAAACCUCUGUCCAGUGUAAAUAGUAACUCAGUGCCAAUAACUGAUCCUAGUGCUUUCCUUUUUUUAAAAUGCAAAACCUAUGUGAUUUUAACUAGUCUUCUCCUGAUUCAACUAAAAGUAUUAUUUUCCAGAAGUGGCCUCUUUGUCUAAAACAUUUUUUUUCAUGUUUUAACAAAUAAAAUAAAUUUUAAAAAAAAAUAAUAAAAAAAUCAGGACAGGUGUUUGGGUUUUUUGCUUUUUUAUAUAUAAAAUAUAUAUAAUAUAUAUACAUACCUGUACAUACAGUAUAUGGGUGCUAGUGCAGAGGAAACUCAUUUGGAAUGGAAUGACUCCUGCUGCAGCAGUACCCAGAAAGUGAUAAUUUUACUGCAGACAUGAAACCACUGGUGGGAUUCUGAAAGCCAGUGAUCUAAUUUUUGGCUUUUGCCAAGCAUGAUUUUUUUUUUAAAUUGGAUUGCACUUUUUUUGUUCAUGAUUAUGUACCUGUAGAUGGUUGUACCUUUGCUCUUUCAGGAAUCAUGUGCUGUAUUUACAGUGAUGUUUCCAGCGUUUGACAAGUGUGUGAUGAUUUGUUCUUGAAAUUUAAAGCGAACACAUUUAAAGCCAGAAAACUCCACCACCACCGUGUGAACUGGAAAAAUGGGAACUGCAAGGACUGCUUGUCUCAAAAACCUGUGCGCUGAAACGUUUUGAGAAGGUUUAUUAAAGAGUGUAACUACCUUCAGGUGGUCUGAAAAUCCCAGCGUUUCAGCCACGCCCACCUGCUCAGCUGUUGGUCACGCAGCUCGGAUUUUUCUGUUUCGUGUGUAACAUUUUUCCACUGUAAAAAUAAGUGUGUUAAUUGUCCUGUACUGCUAAUGAAAUUACUUUCUCUGUGUCUGCAAGUUCUCCAGUGGAAUUACUAUGCACUUCUGUACAUUUCAUGGGGGAUGCACAGAACAAAGUAUUACCUUUUCAGUUGUCUGUACCAGCCUUGAAUUACUUACGUUUAACCAAAAAAAAAGAAAUUCCUUUCUAUUUCUAUUGAGUUUUUAAUACUGAGUUGCAAAUUUUAAAGUCUUAAUUACAUUUUGUUAUGGUUGAUUUGCAAGUUUACAUUUUAAAACUGUUUAACUUUCUUAAUUUAGUAAUUAAAAAAAAAAAAAAAGAAAAAAAAAAAAAAAAAGAAAGAGCAUUUUACAUCUGGAUAGUUGUUCUUUUGUUUAAACUCUGGAGAUAAUGGUGGAGAUAAAAACUUUUCCAGAAGGGGUGUCAGGCCAUUUGGGGCAUCGUAUUUCAUAGGACUAUGCAGACCAGUCACCUCUGGGACAUCAUUUUCCAAAUCAUGAAGUCAAUCUGUUUUGUAACAGCUGGAGUUCAACUGUAAGGAAGAUGGCUGAGUGCAUAACUGUUCUCUCAUUUCUGUUCUACAAGCAGGUUAUUCUUCCAUAGUUCUGUUGCAUUUAACAUGAAUACUUUCACGUUUACAACUGUUGGAGGAAAAUAUUUUCUAUGCCUUGUAUUGAUGCUGUUGCUUUAAAAUAUUGCAGCCAAGUAA